AUGCGCCUUAUGGGGUGCGUCGGCGCUGGCGCCGAUGCGGAAGGCCGCGAGGCGCGUAAGGUCAACAAACAGAUCGAAGAACAGUUGGCCAAAGAUAAACAGGUUCGUUUUUUGGGUGGGAGAUGCAUUUUGCGGAGAAUAGUUUAUGAUCAUUUUUCGCAAAAUCAUCUGGGACAGGGAAACCCUGAAGUCUGGGAGGUUUUCUAAAAAAAAAUGUAGGUUAAUUCCGAAUUCUCCUUUGGAUUUUUUUCAGCUCACAGCUAUUUUUGGGUAUUUUUGCCGCUUUUUUCUAGAAAUCUACAGAAAUUUUAACUAGACCCUAGGGUUUCAGCAAUUAUUUUUAGCCAGCUGUCUAGAAAACCGAAAAACCCGAAAAGUAUAAAAAUUUAUGCCAAAAUCUUGUUCGCAAGUUCAGGCCUUUUUCCAGGAAUUUUCAAUUUUUACGAAAAAAAUUCCGGCGAAAGAGUUUCGCAAUUUUAUCGAUUUUUUGUUUGCAAAAGUUGUGAACGCCUAAAAAUAUUCUGACAAUAAGAUAAAAAAUUCAAUUCUAGAAAAGACCAGAGAAAAAUCUAGAUAACUCUUGAAACCAGGAAAGCCAAAAAAUGUAGAGUGAGCCUGAAUGAGCUAUCUAGAUCUCCAAGCCCGAGAAACUUCACGCGAAACAUUUCGAAUCAAUGAAAAGACGUCUAACGGUCUUGAGGCUGUCAUAUGGUUGAUAUCUGAGGCCUACAAAAUCAAAGCCUAUGAAUUUCGUCCAACCCCAAAAAAAUAUUGGAAAUGAGUCCAAAAUCCUUUAGAUUCCGAAGAGUGGGCUAUGUCUCUUAUCAAAUCAAGGUUCUUCUACUGAUUUUCAAUAAGUACCAAAAAAUCACCUGGGUCUAGAUAAUUUUCCAAGAUAUCUAUUCAGUAUCAUGUUAAAACUAAGCUUAACAACAUUCCAAUCCUCAUUUAUCAUAUCUCCCCAUAAUUAAUAAAUAAUUCAAUAAGACCCCCUUUCCUAUUUUUCUUCCUUCUUCAAAAAUCGAUCGAUCGAUCCGGGAGAGAAUUGUUGUAAAGCUUAGCUCAUCUCUUGCCUCCUCCGGGGUCCAAAACAACAAGAAGAAUAUCUUCUUUUCCUUCCCUCCCCUUCCCAUCAUCUUUUCUCAAUUCAUUUUCAGGUUAUGCGUGCAACACAUCGUUUGUUGUUGCUCGGCGCCGGUGAAAGUGGCAAAAGUACAAUUGUGAAACAGAUGCGCAUUUUGCAUAUCAACGGCUUUAAUGACGCCGAAAAAAUGGAGAAGAUCAAGGAUAUUCGACGAAAUGUGCGCGAUGCUAUGCAGGUACUGCCACAAAAAAUCUUGAAAAUCUACAAGAAAUACAAAACACGCAGUGUAAAAUUGCACAAUUAACAGAUUAUGUCUAUACAGAAGUGACUCCCAACCAAAAAUAGAAACAAUUAUUUCACACAAAAUUGCGCGCGCGCCUCGAAUUUCGUUCCUUUUCUCUCUCUCUCUCUCCCCAAGAGAGGUCUGAGAGACAGAGACAAACCACAAAAAAUAGAAGUUGCCCUAACUAUUAAUAGAAUUAGAUGAGGAGGAGGAAAUUUGUUUGAUGGAUCAAAAAUAAUUUGCACAUACAAUUCUGUUUUUUGGAUCAAAAAAUGGACGGGGUGGGCUAAAAAAAACUGGGGAAAUAUUGAAUUUCUAAAAAAGAUUUCACGGAAUAUAUUUCUAGAUCAAAAUUUGACGUGCUUCCAAAUGGUAAAGCUCAAAACUUGAAUAUUAAACAAUCUAGAUUUUUAUCACAAAUAAUUUCACGGGCAAAAAAAUGUCGAGCUGGUACUUCCGCAAAAUUUCAGUCUUACGAAAUCAGAGAAUAAUUUACGAAUGUAGGAUUUUCUUUAGGUUCAGAAAACUGUCGAAAAACAGAUUUUUUGAAAUCUUUAAUUUUUAUUCAUAAUUUUUACUGUUUCAGUUUAGGCUUAAAAUUGCAAUUUCUCAAAAAUUCAAAUUUCCUGACCAAACAGAAAUUUCGGGCUUCUCUACAGAAUCUCUUUUUCUUGGAUCUAAUUUUUUGGGUUGAAAAAUCAAACAUUUCGCGAAAACCUUUGAAUAUAGGAACAGGAAUCUUUCAAACUCAAAUUAUAGAAAAUUUCACAGAAAUCCGGAGACCCGAGCCUAGAUUUAACACAAUUCCAAAAAUCAAAGUCGAGGUCUCAAAUCUCACAGGUUUUCAAAAUUCCAAUUUCCCAAUCGUUAAUUUUCAAUUUUUCCUGAGAACCCAAUUGAAGUAAAUAUUUUUCGUAAGAUCAUAAAGUUCUAUACCAAAAUCUACCAAAUUUCUCAGUUUUUGUAUAAUUCAAAUUCCAAAAAUUCUCUCGGACCAUCGAAAUUCUCUUUCUCUCUCUCUCUCGUUUCUCAAACAUACAUACACAACAAAUUUAUUGUCUCUUGACGCCUUUGUAAAAGUCGAUUUCGAUUCCUUCUUCUUCUCCUUUUCGCCUCGUUUUUCUUCUUCUUCGCUUCCCUUUUGCUAGCUCCUUCUGGCGCCUGGAGUAGCAAAAAAAAGAAGAAGAAGAAAAACGAGGCGAAUCGCGAAGGAAAAAAAAGAAGAAGCAAGCAAGCAAGCGAAAAAGCAAGCAUGUUUCUAUUUUUGGAACGCGCUCGCUUAUCGAUUUUCAGGCAUAUAAUGCAUACAAAUGUGUAUGUGUGUGUGUGUAUGUAUGUUAGCUGAUAUUUUCUCCUUUGCGGAGGGCCCUUUUUGUGUUGUAUGUGUGGUUGGGAAAAAAUGAGAAAAAUUCAGAGAGAAAGAGAGCUUAGACAGAGAGAGAGAAACAAAAUAGUUGGGUGCACAAUUUGGUGUGAUUUUGAAAUUGGAAAAAAAAGAAGAGAAAAAGAGAGGAUGCGGGCGGGUAAUUGAUGGAAUUAAAAUUGGAUUUUCAAUGAAAUUUAUUCGCAAAAAAUAUUGAAAUUUGGUAAAGAAAAUGAAAUGGAAUUUUGUAGCUAAAUUUAUGAAGGGAGUUAUGGGAUUUUGAAAUUGAGUUCUAUGUUUUUUCAAGGGAACAUCUGCUUUUCAAUAAAUGUUCCGGUCCAAGAUUUCUAAAAAAAAGUUUUUGUGAAAUUAUGAAUCAAUUUGUUAUCUCAUUUUCUAAAUUGGUUUUCAAAUUUUGGAAUUUUCGCAGAAAACGUAUAAAAAACCGAUUAAAAGCUGAAAUCCUAACUCUUCAGAAGUUUAUCAAUGUUGGACUUCCUAGCAAAUUCUUAAUCGAACUUUUUCAUGAAAAAUUUUCCAAUCGAAAAUCUAGAACAUUUGAAAAUUAAGAUGUGCCAAAAAUUUCCCAAUUAAUAAUCCUUGCUUCCCACACACACACACUCACUCAAAAAAUUUCCUCACGAGAGAAAAUUGCAGGUAAUUCUAACAUCGAUGGACGAAAUCGAUCCAAAAGUGUCGUUGGACGACCCGAGCACUGCAAUUAGCCGCGAUUACGUUCUUCGCGUCACCAACGACCCAGAGGACAACUAUCCACCCGUCAGUUAUUUUUUUCUUUUUUUUUUUGAAAGGGAGGGGUGUAAUUUUUCGAGAAUUAGAGAACGAGAGAAUCAGAGACGAAGCGAAACCUAUAGUCUUACUUAUUUUGAUCUCAAUUUUCAGAGAGAUAGAAUAUAAAAAAGGUUAUAGACGUAGAGAGACCUACAAAACCUCAAAAAAAGAAACAAAACAUUUUGCAGGAAUUCUACGAUCACAUUCUGAAAUGCUGGAGUGAUAAAGGAGUUAUUGCGUGUUUCGAAAGGAGUAGUGAAUAUCAAUUGAUUGACUGUGCAAAAUAGUGAGUUUUUAGUCUUUGGGGAGGGAGAGGAGUUUGGAGUUAUGGAAAUGUUUACUAAAAUUCUAUUUUCUGAUUAUUUUAAAUUUCAAAUUAUGUUUAAAGGGGGGGUAAGACGACAAAUUUUUUUUGUCGCAAAGUUAAAGGCUCCCCAAAAGUAGUAAAACCUCCAAGGGAUUUUUUCUGGAAACGCUCAGAAAAAAUGUUCCAUAAACUAGGUACCACGUAUAGGUAUACGUUGAAAUUAUUCCAUAAACUUUUGGACAACGUAUACGUUGAAAAAAGUUCAUGGAAUAUUUUUUUCGGACCUUUUUAGGCCCUUCGAGAAAAAAAUCCCCUGGGGCUUUUACUAUUCAAAGAAGGCCCGAUUCUUUGAGCAAAUAAAAUUUUGUCUUCUUACCCCCCCUUUAAAAAAGUCAGGAUUUUCUGCUUUUUCGAAAUCUUUAGAUAUAUUUUCUAAAGCUUUCAAAAAAGCUUUGAACUUUGAAAAAAGAAAACAUUGUUCAUGUUAGUUUUUUUUCGAAAUUUUUAUCAAAAUAAAAAAUUCUUCUUUUUCUACAAAAUCCUCCAAUUUCUCCAUUUCUUCACAAAAUUUUCUUUACAAAACAAAAACCAAUAAACCAAUUUAUUUCCGAACAAAUUUCAAAAAUCAAUCAAUAAAUUAUAGUUUCCUGGACAAAGUCGAUGUUGUGCGGCAGAACAACUACGAUCCUAGCGAGCAGGACAUUUUACGAUGUCGUGUCAUGACAACCGGUAUUUUCGAGACAAAAUUCGAAGUCGACAAAGUUCGGUUUCAGUGAGUUUUCAUUUGGCUUUAAUAAUCAGAUUCCAAAAAUUCACAAAAAAAUCUCACAUUUGUUUUGCAGUAUGUUCGACGUGGGUGGUCAGCGAGAUGAACGACGAAAAUGGAUUCAGUGUUUCAACGAUGUGACGGCUAUCAUUUUCGUUUGUGCAUCUUCUUCGUAUAAUUUAGUGCUGUGGGAAGAUGCCACACAGAAUAGGUGAGUGAUUUUUGGAAAAAGGAGCUGAAAAUAUUAGGGAAAUUCCACGUGGGACAAACAAAAAUAAUAAUGUUUAAUUUUUUGAAAAAUGAAUCGUCAGGUUCAAAACAGUUUUGAACCGCCAAAAAAUGUCACGCGGCAGUAAAUUUCCUAGAAAACUCAACAUUUCGUAUAAUUUUUUUAAAUAAGACCACGUGGCAAAAACCUACAGAAUUUACAAAAUUUCGUGUCAAAUUCUUUUCCACGUGGUGCUAAAUUGUCUGAAAAUGUUAAUAUAAAAAUAAUGAUACGUGACAAAAACUUACGGGAUUCUCAAAUAUUUGAUUGCACGUGGAAAAAAAAACCAAAUUUUUCAACGAGAAAAAAUUGUACCACGUCGAACAAAAAUUAAAUCAAAAUAAAAACUAUGAAAACAAGCAAAAAAUUAUCAAUUUCGCGUAUUUUGCAGAUUACGAGAAUCAUUAUCACUGUUCAAAAAUAUUUGGAACAAUCGAUGGCUCAAAACAAUUUCGGUUAUUUUAUUCCUGAAUAAACAGGUUAGUCAUACAAAGGGAAGGUUAAGAAGAAGCCUAUUAACGGAUCCGGGGGGCUAGAUAGGACUUGAAUUGGGCUUAAGGAGGGUUUCAAAAUGGGUCCAAACAAGAUAACUUAUUUAUCUAUGCUUAUUAAAACUAAUUUUGAAAUCAAUUCCUAGAUUCGUCCUAGGCAUUACACUUAUUCCAAGUUCCGCUUUCAGGAUGAUCCAAGGCUUGUUUAAGCUCAUUUCAAAGCCCAAAAAAGCCCCCAUUCAGACACAUUCUAACCACCUUAUUUUCAGGAUUUACUAUCGGAAAAAAUCAAGGCGAAACGAUAUCUACUAGAAUCCUAUUUUCCCGAAUUCGCCAAUUAUCAACUGCCCAACGAUGCGGUUUUUGAGAACGGAGAUGAUAAGGAUGUGGUUAGAGCCAAAUAUUUCAUCAGGGGCGAAUUUUUGGUGAGUUUUUUUUUUGGAUUUGGGCUGAAAAUCCCCGGAAAACUCACAAUUUUCGAUUUUUCGUUGGUUGAAGAUUCAUUUUUUGAAAAGAAAAUAUUGAAAAAUGAACAUUUUUCGGCGAUUUUCACGUUUGGAAAAGUGGGUCACGUUGAAAAAUGGGGAAAAAUAGAAAAAUGUUUUUUUUUUCGAAAAAAAAAAUUAUUGAAUGAGAAAAAAGUUUACCGCAAACUUUUGAUAGUAGAUCAAAAAUCUAUGAUGAAAAAUCGUGGGGCUUUUUUUUUAAAAAAAGUGAGCAAAAUAAACUAUAAAGUCUUGUGACGAAAUAUUACAAAUUUUUACCAAAAAUAUUGAUUAUUCACUGAAAAUUCUGUGAGAACUCGAUAUUUCAAGCUAUUCUAAAUAGCACACAUUUCAUGAAAAAUUUGAAUAUUGUGUUUCUGGGUCACUUUUCAUGGAAAUUAUCGAUUUCUGGGUCAUUUUAACUGAAUAAAAAAAUGGAUUUUUCUGUAAUAAUUUUCUAUCGCAACUAUCGAUUUUUGACAAGAAAUUUAUCAAAAUCUAUGAAAACCAGUUUUCCUGCCAAGCCUGAUUAUUCAUUCAAAAUUUAGGGUCGAAUUGAAGCCUGUUUUUAGGCCAGCACAGAAUUUACCCUAAACGUUGAAAGACAACGGACCCCGGUUAAUUUUAUCACUAACAAUCGUUUUCUCCUCGAUUUUCAUUAUAUUUCCCCUCGAGCUAAUUCAAAUUUCACAAUAAAAUGUGAUUUUGCAGAGAAUAUCAACAGCAAACAGCGAUGGCCGCCAUCACUGUUAUCCGCAUUUUACGUGCGCCGUCGACACUGAAAAUAUUCGUCGAGUGUUCAACGAUUGUCGCGAUAUCAUUCAACGUAUUCAUCUACGACAAUAUGAACUACUUUGA